AUGAGGGGUUCUAGUGUUGGUAAAUGGCAAAAGGUAAGGGAAGGAGGAAGAAGGGAGGUGAAGUGGGAUAUAGCGAGAGAGGGGAAGAGGAUGGCUAAAGGCAGUGAGACAUCAUCGUCUUUUUUCAUUACUGAAUUUAGAGAUAGGUGGAGAGCUAGAGAUCUGUAUUUCGAAUUCAAAGAGUUGGGAGACAUUGAGGAAGUGGUUAUUCCUCCGAGAAAAGAUAGAUUUGGUAGACGCUUUGGCUUUGUUCGUUUUCUGAAUGUCAAGGAUGAGGAGUUAAUGGCAACAAAGCUGGAUAAUAUGAUUCUAGAAGGGAGAAAGCUAUUCGCGAAUCUGCCAAGGUUCAGUAGGCCUAAAGAUGCUGAGCAAUCUGGUUUUGCGGCCCAGAAGAGUAUUCCAGCCAAGGCGAAUACAAAGGGAACCGGUGGUAAUAGGCUUGACGGCAUCGGAUAUGGAACGACUGUAAAUCAUCAAUCUUAUGUGGAUGUCAUCCGGAGCAGUAAUGGUAGUUUCAACUUUAACGAAGGCAACAAGGUGCCCAAAACUUUGUUCUUCAAGCCUUGCUUUGAAGAUGUUUCUCAAUACAAAAAGGCAUUCACAGGGAGGAUUAAAGAGUCGGGGAAGAUGGAAGAUAUCAAAAAACUUUUUCUUGAGGAAGGUAUCUUUUCUAUUAGGGUUACCGUGUUAGGCCCUAAUCUCUAUCUUCUGGAGGAUUUGAUUGAAGGAGAAGUUGAGUUGUUUGUUGAGGAGAGGAAAUCUUGGUGGGUGCAGUGGUUUAGUUCGAUCAAACAAUGGGAACCUAAGGACAGAGACGAAGAGAGGGUGACUUGGUUAAGAGUUUUGGGAGUCCCUUGUCAUGCAUGGAGUGAGAUAUGCUUUAAACAACUAGUAGACACUAAAGGUGUGUUUGUAAGAUGUGAUGAAGGAACUGUUUUGAAAAAGAGAAUGGAUGAGGCAAUAAUUUGUAUCAGAACUAAGAUCAGGGAGAGAUUGGAUGACAUGGUAAAACUUUCCAUUGAUGGACAGCUUUUUGUUGUUAGUUUGCUGGAGGACUCUUUUGGUACCACUGACAGCCCAAAACUUUGUUCUCUCGGGGAAGAAUAA